CUGUUUGCAGAUGAUGUGCCUCGUACAGCGGAAAAAUUCCGUGCCCGCUGCACAGAUGUGUUGGUCUUUGGGAACAUGUAGAUCGGGACUAACACGAGCCAGGCAGCAGCAAGAAUUCCCAAGAGGAUGGUCAGCACAUCCAUUUGUACUUGUGUGUCGACUUAUCAUCUAUUGGCUCUUGGGUUUGGAACCAUUGUUCGAAUUCACUCUCUGUUUUCCCCUUACAAGCUUCUGCCUCUGUAUCAACAACCAUUGACCAUUUUAGAUUAGCCUUUAUGCAUGUGUGUGUAUGUAUUAUUAAUACGACUAGGUACUGAUCUUACUACAGACUGUAGGCCCAUUAAUACGAAGCCCAUUCUAAACCGUAUCUAGCCUCCCUAAAUAUAUAUAUAUUAAUGCGAACGCCGGCUAGGUAGUUUUGUUCGCUUCAAUCCGAGAUUUCUAAACCUAGUCGAUAUCAAGAUCCAAAAUUUCUCAUGGAUCAGUUUAUACAUACGCCGACGCCGACACCGGCGCCGGCGCCGACGUCUUUAACAUCGGUGUUUUGGGACAUCAAUCUGUGUCCGGUUCCCCCUAGCUUUAAUCCUCGUCGGGUCCGUCCGUGUAUUAAACGGUUUUUGGAGAAUCGUGGUUACUCUGGUCUUGUCAUCAUCACUGCUUUUGGCGUACUUCAAAAUGUCCCUGAUAACAUCCUGAGAGGAGUCUUUUCCAGUGGAAUCUCCCUCACUAACGUCCCCUACGGUUCAGCUCCUUAUGAAAUUGGCGAUAUCAUUUGUGAGUUUGCCGAUGCAUAUCCACCUCCAGCUAAUAUAAUGGUCAUAUCUGAUCCGAAUAUCUUCAGUGAUGUUUCUGAGUACCUACGUUUAACGGGACACCACCUUCUUCAGCCGUGUCCCUAUGAUUCUCUUCAAAGCCUUCUUGAGCAAGAUUCAGUGGCACCUGAGGAAACAGUUGAAUGCUGGGCAGAAACAGUUGAAUCUCCCUGCUGGGAGUGCUUGUUAUGCUGCCGUGAUCCUCCUGACCAUGUCUUUGAGAAUUUCAUCACGCAUCUCCAUGGUGAUGAACAUGAACAAUUGUUGUUGAAGUUACUGAAUGAAAAUAAUGCUCCUCCACCCCCGGAUCCCCCUGUUUCUAACGCAAAAUCUCUCAUGACGUGGGACUGGUGUCCUCCACCACCAACUCACUAUAAUCGGUCAAAGAAGAAGGCUCUAACAUUGGUCUUUUGGGACAUCAAUACGUGUCCGGUUCCUCGUUGCUCUGAUGCUCCUCUGGUUGGUCCGUCCAUCAAACGGUUUUUGUUGAACAAAGGCUACGUUGGUCCUUCCAUCAUCAUUGCCGUUGGCUUAUUAGAAAAAGUCGAUGUUGACAUCCUGAAGGGAGUCUCCUCCAGUGGAAUCACUCUCACCAGUGUCCCCUACGGUUCCUCAGACAUUGAGCUUCUCGCUUGUGACUUUACCAAUAGCCAUAUGUUUCCAUUUAAUAUAAUGGUCAUAUCCGAUGCAAAAAUCAGCGGGCUUACUUCUCGAUACCUAAAAAAUAUGGAUUGCAACCUUCUUAAACCGUUUCCAUAUUCUUCUCUUCAAAGAUUUCUUCUGGCAGAUUCAGGGGCACUUGAGAAGGAUAAGUGCAGUGGAACUGGGGAAUCUGCCUACUGGUUUUGCUCAGUAUGCUACCCUGGUCUUGCUUACAGAGGCUUUGAUAAUCUCACGGUGCAUCUCUCUAGUGAACAACAUCAAUUCAAGGUUUUCAAGCAGUUGGAGAACCUGUUGCAGGAGAAUGUUGGGCAUCUUUUAAGUGAGUGUCAUUACCAGGAGGCUGUAACAUUGGUCUUUUGGGACAUCAAUACGUGUCCUGUUCCUUCUUCCUGUGAUCCUCGUCUGGUCGGUCCUGGUAUUAAACGGUUUUUGAAGAACAAAGGCUACUCUGGUCCUCUCACCAUCACUGCCGUUGGCGUACUAACAGACGUCCCUGAUAACAUCCUGAGAGGAGUCUAUUCCGGUGGAAUCUCUCUUGAUAACAACCAUUGCGGUCGCUCAAGCGUUAAUUAUAGUGUUCGUGAUUAUACCUCUGCGAAUCCACCUCCAGCUAUUAUAAUGGUCAUAGGCGAUCCAGGGGUAUUGCUGUCUAUUUCUGACCUAUUCAGCUAUAAAGGGGGAUACAAGUUUCUUCCAUAUGAUUCUAUUCUAAGCUUUCUUCCGGCAGAUUCAGGUGAACUUGAGGGGGAUAAUUGCAGUGAAACGGGUGAAUCUGCCAGCUGUGUUUGCUCAGAUUGCUGCCGUGGUAAUGUUGAGAAAGACUUUGAAAAAUUCUCCAUGCAUCUCUCUAGUAGAGCACAUAAACGGGCGAUGUUGGACUGGCUGCCUAGAAAAUCUCGGUUUUCUCUUCUUCAGGAGGAUGCUUCCCACCAUGGUGGCGAAUCAAGCAAAGGGAAAGUGCAAGAAACGGAGGACGUGAACAAGAAGAAAAACAAGAGGAAGAUGAAGAGGAAUAUUAAGAAGACGAAGGCCCUUUUUUUAAUAAGGCAUUUGGGAAAGUGCAAGAAACGGAGUCGACGUGAACAAGAACAAAGACAAGAGGAAGAGGAAGAGGUGGAAUAGUUAAGAAGAAGAAGGCCCUUGGUGAUGGUUUUUUACCGAGGCAUUUGGUAUAUGGUGAAUGGUUUGUUCUACCUCUGGAGGCAAAUGUUGUAUUCACUUAUAUCAAUACUUGUGCUUAUUUUUCAAGUCUCGUUUUUAUUAUUAUUUAGAACUUUAUCGAUACUUCUUAAAUUAACUAUUUGUAUAUGGCAAAUGGUGGGUUAACGUAAUGCUACUUAUGCUUAAUUUCAAGUAACGUUUAAAUAAAAUAAAAUUAUCUAUA